AUGGAAAACUAUAAUCUUUCACUAAAUUCUGAACGACAUCGUCAGUUAUAUGCUAUAUUAGUUGCUAUCGAUCCUACUCUUGCACAACCACUUUUAGAUUUACGUAGUGGUGUUCAUGGGAUUAUUAAUGAGCAAUUCCUAAAAGGAUCUACAAUGAACCCAAUAAAGAUUAAAGAAUACAAAGACUAUAAAGAUACUCAAAAAAGAAAUAAAAAUGAAUUACAAUGGUAUGAAUUUUUAAACUUAGACAAAAAGCAAUACUUAAAUUUUAGGAAUGUUCGGCCUCUUGCUCGAAAAUAUAAUACAAGCUAUACUCAAAUUGAAAGUGUUCUCGAUCAAGAUAGCGUAGAUGAGAUGACUGACUAUACAAGAGAUUCUGAUACUUCUACUCUUGUGACUAAUAUACGAAAAGAUAUUAAUCAAGCAAAAAAAAAGAAAAUUGCUGAAAGUAUAUCUAAUCAAGAAGACAUACAUAAAAUAACCGACCAUACCCAAGAUUCUGUCACUUCAAAUCUUGAAUAUAAUAUACCAAGAGAAGAUUAUGACAUCGAAAAUACUGAUCAAGACAGUACAGUAAGUGAUGAUUCUAAUAUUUUAAUGCCUGCGACUAAUAUAAGGUCACUAUUUAAAAAAGGAAAAAGUAUUCAGUCCCCUAUACAAAAUAUUACAAAUAAUGAUAGCAAUAAUGCACAAGAUUCUGAUACUUCGAUUAAUGCAAUACCACUACUAAUAAAAGCAAGAAAAAGUGCUCAGUCUCUUACGCAAAAUAUUACAAAUAACGAUAACAAUAAUGAUAAUGCACAAAAUCCACCUGCGAUUAAUACAAUCUCACUACUCAAAAAAACAAGAAAAAAUGUUCAGCCUUUUACAAAUAACGAUAAUAAUAAUUUACAAGAUACUUUAUCACCUGUGAUUAAUACGUCACUACUAAAAAAAGCAAGAAAAAAAAUUCAGCCUUCUACAAAUAACGAUAACGAUAAUUCACAAGAUACUUUACCACAUGUGAUUAAUAUAUCACUACCAAAAAAAGCAAGAAAAAAUGUUCAGUCUUCUACAAAUAACGAUAAUGAUAAUUCACAAAAUUAUGAUACUUUACUACCUGCGAUUAAUAUGUUACUACCAAAAAAAGUAGGAAAAAGUGUUCAGUCUCCUAUGCAAGAUAUUACAAAUAAUAAUAACAAUAAUGCACAAGAUUCCGAUACUUCAGCUCCUACAAUUAAUGUAUUGUCAUCAAAAAGUGUUCAGUCUUCUCGCUCUAUUAGAAGAAAAAAUAUUAAUGGUACUAUUAAAAACAAUACACAAGACUCUAGUACCUUAAAUAAUAUAUGUAAGAUUGCUAGCAAAAAACAGGAGGAACCAUUGAUGUUAACAACUGAUCUGAUAUUAUAA